UCCUAUGUAACCUUGAGUUGUUCUGUUUAAAAUGCACUUAGAAACGUUUGAAUCAAUAUUUAGUGCUGCGACUAGAGCGUUAGUCCUUUUAUAAACACGUUAAUUUAGCCAUUUGUUUACUGUCCGUUUUAGCUGAGUGUGUAAUUUAUACCAUCUGGACACUGAUUGACUUGUCACUUGUAAAUAGCUGAAGCCUGUUUGCUUGUUAUUAACGUUGCUUAAAUCAGAUCAAGAUACAAACUGAGACUUUAGUGUAAUAUAGAUUCAAGGUAACUGUCUCAAACGAUGAGCUUAAAGUUUCUUCGCCCAACGUUUCAUAUUAGUUUUUUUAUGAACAGGAAUACCACCAAGAAAAAACCUGGACAGCAUGAGCAGCGUUUUUUUGGUGCAGUAAAGCGGUUCUGCAGCUCUGGGUGCACUUCUCAAGAUCGCCCUACCCCGGGUCAGACAGUGGUUACUGAAAAGCGAGGUCCAGUGCUUACUGUGGGGAUUAACAGGCCAGACGUGUGUAAUGCAGUGAACCAGGAGACAUCCCGACGGUUAUUUGAAGAGUUUUCAGCCUUCAACCAGGAUGAUACCUUGAAUGUAGCUGUGCUACAUGGAAUAGGAGGGAAUUUUUGUGCUGGUUAUGAUCUUAAAGAACUUUCCCAGGAUUACGCUUCCCUCACACUGGAGCAAAACGUUACCCGAGGUCCUGCUCCAAUGGGUCCCUCUCGCCUGAGACUAUCCAAGCCACUGAUCGCGGCAGUGAGUGGUUAUGCUGUGGCAGGGGGGUUGGAAUUGUCUCUCCUGGCUGAUCUCAGGGUUGUGGAAGCCAGUGCCAUUAUGGGGGUUUUCUGCCGCAGAUUUGGUGUGCCGCUGAUUGAUGGUGGGACGGUGCGGCUCCCGCAGCUAAUUGGUUUGUCUCGAGCUCUAGACCUCAUUUUGACUGGAAGGCCUGUAGGAUCUCAGGAGGCACUGGCAUUUGGACUAGCAAACAGAGUGGUGCCAGAUGGACAAGCCUUACAGGUAGCUGUUGAGCUUGCUGAGCAGAUAAGCUCCUUUCCUCAGCUCUGUCUCCGUGCUGACCGUAAUUCUGCAUAUCAUGCAGCUUUUGACUCCACUUCGUUCACCCAGGCCAUGCAGUACGAGACCGACUAUGGCCUGCCAGUAAUCACAGCUGAAGCUAUCUCUGGGGCAACUAGGUUCAGCUCUGGCACUGGAAGAGGUGGAAAGUUCACUUAAAGGACCGAAGUGUGUUUUUGGUUUUUUGCCCUCCAAUAACAAUUAACUUGUAAUUACUCAUGUUUGUAGUAUUUUACUUGUGAGAAAAUACAUCAGUAUGAUUUUAACAAUGGUUCCAGUUGAACAGCACACAGUUUUCAUUGUGAUCAUCUUCCUUUGAACAGCCACCAUUUAUGGUCACGAUAAAAUGAAUAGAAGUCCCUCUUUGUUGCAAAAAUUCUUAACAAAUUUGAAAGUGCAGUUUGAAUAGUCCAGAAUCAUGAUUGCUGUCAUUUCUGUAUUAAUAAACCACCAUGCUGAAAUUGUUAAAGUUAUUAGCUGCAGGAGGGCGACACAGUGGCGUAGUGGUUAGCGCUGUCACCUCACAGCAAGAAGGUCCGGGUUCGAGCCCCGUGGCCGGCGAGGGCCUUUCUGUGCGGAGUUUGCAUGUUCUCCCCGUGUCUGCGUGGGUUUCCUCCGGGUGCUCCGGUUUCCCCCACAGUCCAAAGACAUGCAGGUUAGGUUAACUGGUGACUCUAAAUUGACCGUAGAUGUGAGUGUGAAUGGUUGUCUGUGUCUAUGUGUCAGCCCUGUGAUGACCUGGCGACUUGUCCAGGGUGUACCCCGCCUCUCGCCCGUAGUCAGCUGGGAUAGGCUCCAGCUUGCCUGCGACCCUGUAGAACAGGAUAAAGCGGCUAGAGAUAAUGAGAUGAGAUGCCUGAGAUGUACAAGUUGAAAAGAAGAGAAUGUCAGCCAUUACAAAUAGUGUGUUAGUGUGUCAUACAGUCACCAUUUGAUUUUGUGUCAAAAUUCAAUGUGUGCACAUGCAAAGAAGGUGGUAUCCAGGUGUUGAAACACCACCCCUGACCAUUAGAAGGGGUGAACUAGAACCACAGUUGCAUAACCCCCAGGUAUGAUGUUUAGCACUUGGCUAUCGUUCGAUCACAAGGGACACAAAAACUGAUGACCGCUUUGGUUACUUGGAAAGCUUAGAGAGCAGAAAAAUAGAGGCCAUACCACAAAAAACAAAGAAAAACAAAAAAACCCUCAUCAGCAGUAAGAAUUGAAAGGCCAGAUUGGAAAUCAAAGAAAUACACUGCCAUUUGAAAGUUUGUAAUCCCUUUAAAUUUUUCUGUAUAAAUUUGACCAAUCAUUAUACUUUUCAGAGUUAUUUA